GGAACAUAUACAAAGCUUGUUGGGUGAGAUCGACUUGCUGUGGUCUUUCUUGCUUGUCUAUUGUAUCGGUGGUUAUUACCGAGAACGUGAGAUUAAUGCUGAAGCCGACUCACUCGACCUCCAAGAUUAUACCGUGAUUGCAGGCAACAAUCCCAACAGUCGGUGUCUACCAAAGGUCAAGACCACAACACUGGAGUCGUCUUCUUCCUUUUAUUUUUGUUCAUCGAGAGAGCAGACACACAACGGUGGAGUCGUUACCACGACUUGUCACCGCCCCCGGCUUUGAGCUCUCCUCAGCGGAAACCAAGGCGAGCGGGGCGCCACUCAUGUCUUGUCGUUACCUCCCCGCCGCACUGUAGCUGCCGUAGCUUUAAAGGACCUCUGCUUGUUCGCCCCAUGAAACCCAGUGCUUUGUUUUAUCUAGUUUAGCCGAACAUAUGCACCUUCUUCUCUCUUUGAAUCUAAUUUAUUUCCUUGCCGUACUUCAAACCCCUACUUUCAUUUGUUUAUCCGUCACCAACGUGUUCUUGGCUUCUCAGGUUCAUUCCGGAGGAUGAACCCAGUGCGAUGGACCGAGCUCAAUCCACGCCGAUUCCACGCCUCUUCUCAGAUCACAUCUUGCGCUGCUGCUGGGUUGGGUUUAUCCUGCGCGGUGGAAAGGAGCAGAGGCUUGGUGAGGACGUCUUCAAGCUUCCUCCUCUACGUCGCCUCUGGUGGAGACGCCCGUCGGCCGAACCCGACCAUGAAGAAAGCUCGAACCUUGCGCAUCUUCUGGACCGACCCUGAGGCGACCGACUCAUCCGGCGAUGACGAGGAAUGCGGGGUCUCCGGGCGCCGCGUCGGGCGGCUGGUGAGGGAGAUUGGGCUCGAUCCCUGCCCCGCCGUCGUUGACAAGCUGAGGAGGGCGCGGAAGAAGGCGCCGGCUGGAGGUGGCAAGGUGGCAUCGCAGACCGGAAGCACCAAGUUCCGCGGCGUCCGGCGGCGGCCGUGGGGGAAGUACGCGGCGGAGAUCCGCGACCCGUGGCGCGGCGUCCGCGUGUGGCUCGGCACCUUCGACACCGCCGAGGAGGCCGCCAUGGUCUACGACUGCGCCGCUCUCCAGCUCCGCGGCCCCGGCGCCACCACCAACUUCUCCACUUCCUCCUCCUCCUCCACCACCCCCGCUCCGCCCCAGGUGGCUGAGGAGGCGUCCGACCCCACCACAGUCUCCGCCGGCUACGACUCCGGAGACGACUCCCAAAGCCGGACCUCCCCGACCUCCGUCCUCCGGGGCUUCUCCUCGUACUCCGCCGUACAAGGCCCAGCAACGGAGGAGACUAAGAAAGGAGCUGAUGUCUUCAACCCGGCGGUCUUCCUACCGGAGAUGACGGUGGAGGAGUUCUCACCGUUCGAGGACAUGCCGUUAUUCAACGACUCGUCGUGUUUCGAGACGUGGGAGCCGAGGAUUCCCGAGGCGACGACGGCACGGGUGGGAUUCUCCGCGGCGGCGGACCCGUCCACCACGGCAUGGGAUUCGGGCUUCGGCUCAGCCACGUGGCACGAGGACGACUACUUUCACGAGAUCGGCGAUCUCUUCCCGCUGGAGCCGCUCCCCGCCAUAUUCUAAGUCAAAAUCUUCCAACUCGCCGAUUUUUGGCAACCAAUCAAAAGUUAUCGCCGCCAUUAAUCUCUCCUGCGUCGUCUGCUCUCGAGUUGCUUCUUCCGUAUGUUCCAAAUCUUCUGCGUCAUCUAAUGAACACUAAACAUCGAACAAAGCCGUCAAGUUUGGACA